AUGCCGGAAGUUUACACUGAACUGACCGCUCCCACGGCCGUCUCGCACUCACUCACUAUCCACUUCACAUCUGCGACGGCCGAAAACCUGAUCGUCGCACGAACGUCGCUCCUCCAGAUAUUUUGCACGACAACACAUGAGACUGAACUCCCAUCUAGCAAUGGAACAUCUUCCUCUGACCCAGCUAACAAGGAGAAGGAGGGGGGAAUUGAUCGCCGUGCUCUUGACGCGGAUGAGGAAGGGACUUUCGCGGCGGACAUAGCCCUGCAGCGAUCGCAGGUCCAAACGGUCACGAAGCUUGUUCUGGUCGCGGAAUACAAUCUAUGCGGUUCGGUAACGGGAAUGCAACGGAUUAAGCUUCUCGCAUCGAAAUCGGGCGGAGAGGCACUAUUACUGUCGUUUAAGGAUGCGAAGCUCUCGCUGUUGGAGUGGGAUCCAUCGACAAACGCAGUAACGACAAUCAGUUUACAUUACUACGAAAGGGAGGAGUUCUGGCCAUCUGUGGUUCCAGAAGGACUAUCGACAACCCUUGUGGCAGAUCCAGGGAGUCGCUGCGCGGCGCUCAAUUUUGCGGGGGACAUGAUCGCAAUCCUACCAUUUCGGCAACGGGAAGACGAAGAUUUAUCGUUAGGAAAUGUGGAUGGAGCUGGUCAUGAUCUACACAUGGCCGAAGGUGAAGACGAUGAUUGGGAUCCUUCGGCCCCUGAGAAGAAACCCGAGGACGAGCUCGAUAGCGAGAUGGCCGGAACUACAGAUAAAACAAAAGAGGACGCCAUGGCAGCGAAGUUGGUCGCUGCGGAUAAACCUUAUCAUCCAUCUUUUGUACUCCCAGUAUCUCGACUUGACGAUGCGAUUUCACAUGUUAUAUCUCUCACGUUUUUGCACGAAUACCGCGGGCCUACGUUCGGAAUCCUUUACUCGCCUCGCCGGACAUGGGCUGGUCUGCUGGCGGCAGAGGGGAGGAAAGAUACCAUUUCAUAUAUUGUCAUCACACUUGAUUUAGAGCAGCGAGCCUCCACUCCAAUUCUCAGUGUUUCGGGGCUCCCAUAUGAUAUCUUUAAGGUGGUUGCUUUGGCCCCACCAAUCGGAGGGAGCUUGCUGAUUGGAGGCAACGAAAUUAUCCACCUUGACCAAGCUGGUAAGACAACUGGGGUAGCAGUAAACCCAUAUACCAAGAGAAGUACCACUUUUGCCGGUCUUGCCGACCAAAGCGACCUAUGCCUGGAGCUAGAAGGAAGCUCGGUGGUUGAACUUGAGGGUGAAAACGGCGACAUUUUGCUUAUUACGAAGAAGGGAGAGGCUGUUAUCAUUGAGUUCAAAACUGAUGGCCGCAACGUCAGUGGCGUGAAAAUCACUCGCCUUGCAAACCACCCUACCUCACUCGUUGGCGGCCGGGUUUCGACCCUCGUCGCACUUGGAUCCCGCCGCCUCUUUGUGGGCUGCACAGAAGGUGAUGCACGUCUUCUCAAGUGGAAGCGAAAAGGCGAGAAGAAGAAACCUGGUGAAAGUCUAAAGGAAGAAGUUGCUGAGAACGAAGAUGAAGAAGAUGUAUACAAGAUGUUGGAGGACAUGGAUGACGACCUUUACGGCGGUGGUGAUUCUUCUUAUAAAAAGACAGAGCGAAAGGGUGGUGGGGUAAAGCCGAUGGGGGAAUAUAUUUUCUCCACCCAUGACCGUCUUCUUAACCUUGGCCCCUUCCGUGAUAUCGUCCUAGGACGUCCCACGUUUACCCCGGAUUCUGUUUCGCGCCAGGUUGGUGUUACGCCUGAAUUAGAACUCGUUACUACUGCUGGUCCUAUCAAUACACCCGAAGACGCCGGAGUUAGUGUGUUGCGCAAGUCAAUCGCGCCGACUGUCGUAGGUAAACUCGACUUCCCAACCUGCCAGGCACUUUGGACCGUACGAGCUCGUUCGGGGAAGACGGCAGUCAAUUCUGCGUUAGCAGGCUUAACAAGCGGCGAAGAAGACCAAGGAGGGGCGGAGGAAGAAUUUGAUGGGUUCUUGUUCGUGAGUAAGAGCGAGGAGAGUCAAGUAUUCAGGGUCGGCGAUACAUUUGAAGAGGUCCGGGGCACUGACUUUGAGAGCGAGGGAGAGACUCUUGAGGUUGGUGUUGUUGGUGGAGGAAUGAGAGUUGUUCAAGUUGUGAGUGAACAAGUUCGUGUUUAUGACUGUGACUUGCAGUUGGCACAAAUAAUACCCAUGUUCAAUGAAGAUACCGGAGAGGAGGGUCCAAACGUGGCGAGGGCGAGAGUUUAUGAUCCAUAUGUGCUCCUGGUUAGAAUUGAUGGCAGUAUAGUGAUCUACAGAGUUCAUAAAGGAAAUCUGGAACUUGUUGAAGAGGAGAGGGGCGAUAGACUGAAAUCGAGCAAGUACUCUUCGGGGUGUAUUUAUGCUGCUAAAAAAGGCGAGUUUCAUCCAGUAGCUGCGGUAUCAGAAGAGGAAAUUGAGGAGAAAAAGAAAGCCCAGGAAGAGGAGGAAGAGGAGGAAACGGAGUACGUGUUAUUCCUCAUCACUUUUGAGGGAUGCUUGCAGGUUUAUAGUCUUGCAAAUUUGGCCGAACCUAUAUUCGUAUCCGAAGGAUUCAGUUCUCUUCCCCCGUUAUUGAGAGCCGACGACACAAUUGAACCAACAACAUCUCAUUCCCAUCGGGAGAAAAAUGUUAAAGAGAAUAUAGUUGAGAUAUUAGUUACCGACCUGGGAGACCAGGUCGCGAAGGAGCCAUUCAUGAUUGUACCAGACACCAACCCUAGCCAAAAUCCACGAUAUCUAAUUAACAAAUAUUAG